AGAGAUGUGUUUCCAAUACCUUGCUAACUUGUAGAAAAGGUAUGUGUCAGAGCAUGUGAAGCUAUAAAGGUGUAACUUGGUUUUGUAGUUAAAAAAUAAGGAAGAACAUUUUUGGUGUCUUGUUUGAUCUUGUAGAACGUGGAAGUGCAUCGUUUCAAUGGCCUCCAAAGGACAUGGCGACACCAACUCAGGACGGUUACCCUCGGCCCCAGCUUACUCCGAAGAGGUGCCGCCUGGUCACAAUGCUGUGUUCCCAGCGCCCACCUUGGUGCCACCACCCCCAAGCUACCUGACACCUUCAGCCCCACCGGUUCAUAUGAUGAUGCCUGCCUCUCUUGAACCACUCAAUGUUGUCUACCCAGCUCCCACAAACCCUGGAUUCCCACCCCCUGGAUACGUGACCCCUUCCGCUCCCCCGAUGAUGCCUGCCCCUUUCGGACACCCUAAUGCUGUCUACCCCGCGCCCAUGAACCCCAGAAUCCCGCCAGUACCCCCAGGCUACGUUACCCCUCCGGUCCCUGCGAUGAUGCCUGCCCCUCCGCCUGAUCUCCGACCCACCGGCUGCCCCCCAGGACUGGAAUACCUGAUUCAUGUCGACCAGCUUCUCGUCCAUCAGACUUUUCAUCUGGCCGAACUGCUGGGUUGGGAGGUUAGAAAUUCCUACAAUGUGAAGAACAGUAUCGGGCAACAAGUGUUUCUGGCGGAAGAGGAGAACAACUGUUGCACCCUACAGUGCUUUGGCCCCAGCCGACCUUUCACCUUUCACAUCCAGGACAACCUGGGGCAGGAGGUGUUGACCCUGAUGCGCCCUCUUGCGUGCAGCUACUGCUGCUUCCCCUGCUGCCUGCAAGACCUGGAGGUGCAGAGUCCCCCCGGUAUUCCAAUAGGGUAUGUGGUGCAGGAGUGUCACCCGUUCCUCCCCAAACUCACUGUGCUGAACGAGAGGAGACAGCCUCAGCUGAGGAUCAAAGGGCCGCUGUUUUUCUGUAGUUGUUGCAGAGACGUCACAUUUGAGGUGAAGACUCUGGAUGACUCAAUGUUGAUAGGGCAUAUCAGUAAGCAGUGGUCCGGCUUCCUGCGCGAAGCCUACACGGACGCAGAUCAUUUUGGAAUCGUGUUCCCAAUGGACCUGGAUGUGAAGAUGAAGGCUGUGCUGCUGGGAGCCUGCUUCCUGAUCGAUUUCCUGUAUUUUGAGGAAAGGAAAGGAGACAAGAAACAUUGAAAUUUUACUCUGUGCCGACUAUCCUUAGUGUUUUGUGAAGAAGGUUACAAGGUCCCGUGGGUUCCGUAACAACAAAACAACUACAAAGUUACAAGGUCCCGUGGGUUCCGUAACAACAAAACAACUACAAAGUUACAAGGUCCCGUGGGUUCCGUAACAACAAAACAACUACAAAGUUACAAGGUCCCGUCGGUUCCGUAACAACAAAACAACUACAAAGUUACAAGGUCCCGUGGGUUCCGUAACAACAAAACAACUACAAAGUUACAAGGUCCCGUGGGUUCCGUAACAACAAAACAACUACAAAGUUACAAGGUCCCGUGGGUUCCGUAACAACAAAACAACUACAAAGUUACAAGGUCCCGUGGGUUCAGUAACAACAAAACAACUACAA